UACAGUGACCAGCCGGCAGCGAACUCAGUGUUGACAUAAGAGUGAAAGAGUGAGGUCACGCGCCGCCAAGCCUGCACAGGACAAUCAACAGAGAAUGACGAGUAUAUGAAGGAGCGGGAGGCGUUCGUCCCUCCCGCGGCCGUGGUGGUAGGCCUCCCAUGGACCACUCCGCGACCACCCCCAUCCAUGCCCCACUACUUCGAGACCCAGAAGCUGCACCGUUAGCGCCUUCGACAGACACAGAGAAACAUGGCAAGAGCGGGGAGUUCGGAAGCCCCGGCAGGAGGAGGAGGGUGCGAGGGCUGCCGCAUCUUCUGGCCAUCAAUGCGUUGGUCUGCGGCGUUGAGAUCGUGUCCAGUGCGGCCUUCACGUACAUCCCCCCGCUGCUGCUUAAGGCCGGCUACACGGAGACCCUCAUGACGAUUAUUCUAGGGAUAGCCCCGUUUCUGGACAUGGUGACGGUGCCGCUGCUAGCCGAGUGGAGCGACCAGUGCACCUCGGCCCUAGGGAGGAGGCGGCCCUUCAUCAUGUUCCUGUCCACCAUCCUCCUCUUCUCCCUCAUCGUCAUCCCCCACGGCACCACCAUCACCUCCGUCCUCUCCGGCGACUCAUCCGUCAAGCUACACAUGAUCAUCCUUGCGGUGGGGGUCAUCCUGCUAGACUACAGUUACCAGGCGCUGUUCAACCCGUGUGAGAGCCUCCUGUCGGACCUGGUGGCUACCUCGCCGGAGUGGGAGCAGACGCGCGGCUUCACCGUCUACUCCGCCUCCAUCUCCCUCGGCUGCAUCCUCGGCUACCUCAUUGUUUCCAUUGACUGGUCCUCCGCUGGGUUCCUCCUCGGGUCCCAGGAGCAGACGGCGUUCUCUGUGAUCUUCGUGCUGUUCCUGCCGUGCCUGUUCCUGACGCUCUGCUUUGCCCGGGAGAAGCCCUUCACGCCAACCCGAGGCGUUGCGGGGCACGCCCUGGGGGAGAUCGUGCUGGGGGAGGACUACCUGAAGGGCCACGGCAAGGAGGUGGGGGUGCUGGACCUGACCCAGGACCCGCCAGCGUUAGUGAGGGACCACCCGUCUGAUGGUGGCUACGAGAGCGGGUCCAGCGAGACGGAGGAGACGGCGCCACUGGUCCUGCCGUCCUCGGAGAUGCUGCGGUGGCGGUACCAGCGCUUUGUGCACACGCUGAGCCGCCUGCCACACCUCACGAUGCAGCGGGUGGUCAACGGCCUGCUGCGGCUGUUGUGGAAGGCCGUCAUGCUGCUGGUCUAUCUCCCAUACCAGGUGAUCAAGCUCCCCCUGGACACGUGGCGGCGGGUGAGCACGGCCCCGGUGGUGCUGCGACGGCUCUUCCUCUCGGAGCUGUUUGGCUGGAUGGGCAUCAUGUGCCACAACAUGUUCUUCACCGACUUUGUGGGCCAGUACAUGUAUGGCGGCCUGCCUGACGCCCCGGAACACACCACUGGCGCCGCGCUCUACGAUGAGGGCGUGCGCAUGGGCUCCUGGGGACUCUUCCUGCACAGCCUCACUGCCUGCCUGUACGCCUUCUUCGUGCAGCAACACCUUGUCCACCUCCUGGGCCACCGGUUAGUGUUCCUGGGCGGCAUGGGCGUAUUCACCCUCUCCAUGACUGCCACCAUCGCCGCGCCUUCCAUCACCUUCGUCAAUGUGGUCACGGCGCUCUCAGGGGUCGGGUUUGCGGCCAUCACAUCCACGCCCAACAUGCUCGUCACACUGUACAACUCGGACAGGGGGGUUUACAUGUGGGACGACCCGAGCCCAGAGGGAGGCGAAGAACGGGGACUCGGAACAGACGUAGCGGUGCUGGACACUGCCUUCUUCCUCUCGCAGAUCAUCCUCUCCGUGAGCAUGGGGCCGCUGGUGGAUCUAACAGGCUCGGCGCUGCCCUACAUGGUGGUGGCAGCACUCACCAGCUUCGUGGCGGUCUACUGCGGCACUCGGAUAGUCUUCACUGACACACACUUGAGGCAGCUGCGACUCGGGCAAUUUUAGUCGGGAUAAUAUGUCUCCCAUUAGUCUGGGGCCUUAGUUACUUGGUGGGGUUGUAGGCUUGUGUGAGGGGCUUUGGUUGGGGUUGUGGAGGCUGAGGUUUGAGGGGGUUAGGUGGGUUGGGUGUGAGGUGCAGGGAUUGAAGGAGUUACGAGGAUGAGUUGAGGUGGAGUGAUUAGGGAAUGGUGUGUGGGGGUUUUAAGGAAGGGUUGAUUAGGGUCAUGGAGGUUGAGGCAGCAGGCUUGAGGGGGUGAGGUGGGUUGGGUUUGAAGAGGCUAUGAAGGUGAGGUGGAGUGAUUAUGUAAAGGUUUGUUGGGGUUGUCAGGAAGGGACAGAGCUAGUGUGUCCAUGCAGUGGCUUAGUGUUGAUGGCACUUGUUGCUGUGUGGUGGGAGGUGCCGAGUGGAAGAGUGGACUGUACAAUGACUAGGGUAUUUGGGAUGUGGGUGUGGGCAUGGGCAAAGGGUGUUGGGUAUUAGUAAUGACAGUUAGUGGAGGUUGUUUUCCUUGGGGCUACUAACCAGGUGAGGCUGACCUGCACAUCACUAGUAUUACUGUUGUUCUCUGCAUGGACACUCAUGCAGAGCGGUGAGUUAAACUUUUAUUGGUCACGGCUUUGCCCGGGAGCGUUGCAGUAUUUAUUGCAUAUGCAAGAGUAUUUUUUAUUGUAUUCUGAUGGUUGAGAUUAAUAUUUUAGUCUUUUAUAUAAAGUUAUCAUCUUUUAUAUUUAUUUAUAUGUUUAUGAGGUUUUACUGGAAGCUGGUUUCCCUCAUGCUCUGAGGUGGAGGGCUGAGCGGCACCACCGGCCUCACAGCCACUGCUUGUGCCUGCUGCUGUUACACCGGUGAAGUACAGACACCCCUAACAAGGCAGCCUUCAGAGGCAGCACAGCCAGCAGGGGAGACAGACCCAUGCACAACUCUGGGCUGUGAGGCUGUCCGGUGCCUGCCACCCUUGUCCACAAUUUUGUAGGUGCUUGUUGGCUGGUCUAUGAAAAUUUUUAUUCUUUUUUAAUUCAGUUACAGCAUGAUAAUUCCAUUCCUGGGACUGACGUAAUGUAUCUAGCAUUCAGCCGCGGAGCAGAGGGAAGCUGGUAGUAUUGUGUUCAUUAAUAGUAUGUCGCCAAUUUUUUGUUGCCAAAGGGAACAAGGCACAAGACGAACACCUCCCGCCAGCGAUGCAAUGAGUCACCCGCAAUGUGUCAAGAGAAUCUCGCUUUUAAGGUGUUAUGAUGUCUCUGUGCCAAGAACAAAGGGUUCAGGUGAACUGGAUGGGUGACUCCGUGUUUGCCACCAUCACCACCACCACUGACUCCCUCUCAAUCAAAUUUUCCUCCCAUUGAUCACUCGGCAAUCAGGUUUUUCCUGUCAGGUGUUCAACAACCUGUCAGUCUCUCCUCCAGGGAGUCUUGUCAUCCAGGAGUGUGGUGGUGUGGCUCACCCAUCCAGGUGACCACUAACAGGUCAGGCAGGGCAGGGAGCAGCUCACUCAUUAUGUUAGUCUAGUAGCCUGAAGUGGGAAGGUGCAGCCCAGAGUUGCUCUUCCCACAAGUUUAACCGAAACCACAAAUUUCCUGAAGUCUUCCCGAAGCAAGCGAAGGAGUUAGUCUUAAUGUUUGCUUGUCUCCAUGUUGCAUUUCCUCCCCUUGGACAUCUCUCAGUGCCCUUAAUUAAGCUCCAGCCUGCACUGUGAAUACAAAGAGAAUCCCUCCAUUGUUUUGUAACACAUCAGGAUAGCCAGUAAUGCAGAAACUUCAAUUCUUUACCUGCAUCUUAGUGCUGUUUUACUCAUUGCAUUAGUCAGUGCUUUCAAUACUAGUUAAUUAGUGAACAAAGUGAAGUACCUGUCAAACAGAUUCCAAGUUGCUGGGUGUGUGUUGCAGAGGUGACAUCAUCUUCAGGCUGAGGUUUAUGUGGUACAUAAGAUUUUCCAUAACCUGAACAAACCGCAUUGAGUAGGUUUAGACCACUUCCCGGUGCUGCAGGAACCCGUGCUCAUUCGUCUGUACAUUUAAGCACAAAGACCUGCACUGAACACGGUCUGGGAUUGAUUUGUUGGCACAUGUUCACGAGCUUCUUCACAUGUUAAUACUUAGCAAGGGACUGGCGUCACAGUGUUGGGAUGAGUCACAGUUCUUGCACCUUUUGUUGGUCUUCCUCGGAGGAUAGUCAGUUACCGUUUGCUCCUUGCCGAGGGGAGGAUGGACUUCUCCCUCCCUUCUCUUCACCAUUCUUUGUCAGGGAGGGAGGAAGAGGAAGUUUGUUCCUUCUCCUCUUCUCAUUCCUUCACAAGUGUACUUAAGCCAACAGUUUAUGGGGAAGUUUUUUUUGUGCAUGUCUGACAAGUAUAUUCCAUGUCUUCUGUAUAUGGGCGAGAUUGCCUACGUUGAAUUUUGACAUGCGUUUGAGGUGCUGAUACAGUGUAAAUUAUUGUUUUAUAUUCUAUAGGUAUCCCAAAUGAACACACUGAGUGCCAGGAUUCGAACCUGGGAUUUCUGACGAAGUCAGGGCAGCAUGCCAACCAGGCCAUUUGGGAUGUUUUUCACUGUGUUAAUACAUAGGAAGAACAGACACCAGAAGACCUAUCGGUCUAUGAUGAGGGUGUCUGUUUACUACCACUACUACUAGUAAUCUACGUGUGGUAGGACAGGACAGAAUAGAUGAAGGCUCCUACAGUUUCUCUAAUUCUAUAGGUAUGUUUGGUGGAAAAGAUCAGACAUGUCUCCAAUACUGAUUAGAUCAGCCAUGUCUGCAAGAUCACAUGAAAUUAUGUUAGCCAAUGUUAAGCAUUCCUCUGCUGUUGCUGUGAGCUGAAGAGGUGAUAGAAGCACUUUAAAUGUAUAAACAUUUCAAAGAAGUAACUUGUUAUAUAAUGUAAGAAUGAGAUCAGAACUUUGUGUCACAGGCAUGGCUGACCUCAACAGUAUACAUUUGAUUUCCAGACAAGUUAAAACCAUGAAUUAUAUUUAGUGUUGUGAGCCACAGUAACAUGCAUCUGAUGAAACACUCACCACUUGCAUCAUCUACAGUAGUAAGCGAGGGACCCACAUGUCCUAUUGAGUGGUGCCUGUCAGCUGUUUGACUGACACUUCCCACAGAAACUAUGUCAGCAGGAGGCAGCCACAGUUAUGUAAAGUGUCAGGGGUCUUGUCACUAGGGUUUAAGGCUUACAAUCUCCACCUUGCUGAUUACAACUUUCAAAUGUUUAUUUUGUUGGAGUGUGUCUUCUCUGGUGCGCAGGGAAAGUACAAGACUGUGCCGGAGUGCUUAGUCUCCUCUCACAUUUAUGGAGGGCGACAGUUAUGCUCAGUUGUGUAAAUUUGUGGACAUUACUUUUAACUUAACAACUUCAUACGCAAUCACACCACCGAUCACUAGACGUUUCUUUAUCAGACCUCAGUUGUCGUGACACUCAAUAAUGGAUCAGUUUUUCCUGUAGUCAAGUUGGCAAGCCUAGGUGAGCUUCACCUUGCAGGCUGGCAUCUUGGGUGUGGGCUCCAUGACAAGCGAGCAUCACCCACUAAAUGACAUUACUAACAUUGUACCUCUAACAUUACUGCAUAUUUAAUAACUAUGAUACAUGAGUACAAAAGAUACUUCAUUAUACGACAGUAAUGAAAUUGACAUGGAAAGAAUUUACUGGUCAUCCAUGAUGUCCCAACUUUGCCUGUACCCAAGAUGUCUGUGUCAGGGGACAAAUAUUGAUAUACUGAACAUGUUUUGGCAUCUUGACUAAGAAAAAACAGACCCAUAAUGGGGCACAAAAGCUUCAUCAAGCAACACAAUCAUUUAGUUUGAUGCAGCCAUGCCUCGCCUCGCCUCGCCCCACACCAAUAAUUUGUUGGGUCUUAGUUUGGCCAACAGCACACAGCUGAUGACCAAGACCAAGACUUGGUCUGAACCAGCACCAUAUUGUUGUACAUAUACCAUAUAUAUCAAAAGUAUAUAUAUGCCAUGUAAUAUAUACACCAUGCCUCAACAAGUUAUAUUCCACGUGUUGUUUACGCCAUUGUAAGGUGUUUGUCGUUAUUCUGUUCUGUAUAACGACGAACUCCUUACAGCAAGUUUAAGCAACACGUGGAAGAAUAUAACUCGUUACGGCAAGGUGUAUAAUUAUGUUACAUACUUCAUACAUUAGUGUGGUGUUGGUCCAGACCAAGUCUUGGUCUCGGUCUUCUGGCGUAUGCUAUGCUGCUUGAAUAAGUUAGACAUCACGGGGUUUGACAAACAAAAAAUUACCCUAGCGUAAAGUCCAUUUUGAUGUGAGCCAAAGUGUGUUGAGCGGGGUAUGACUAUUUUAAAAUUUAAAAAAAUUGCAGCUAAACUCUUUGAUUAAAAUCUGCUACUGUCUUGAGUGGUCUGCAACACACUGCACAAUGUUGUGACAUCAGUAACUCCCUGGAUGAAGAAUGGUGGCUAUGACAGCCUCAGUCCUCAAUGUGCAGUGCACAGCUCCUUGAAGUUGUCUUUCAUUGUUAUUCAUAUAUUUAUAUCACUAAGCCUAAUUUAAAUGUACAAAUAAUUAUGAAAAGGCAACUCUUAAAGAGCGGUACUGCCCAGAGAAAACUGGCGCACCUCCACACGCGCCUGCACCCAGGGAGCUACUGGCCACAGUGUCUUGACCUGCAGUCCUGAGGUACUUGUGAGGGCCCCUUCUUCUCCUUGCAAUGCCUCACUCUCCUGCCAGAAGCUAUGGACGGUGGUAAACUUUAACCUCAGGUUGGCGGACAAUCCAUCCUGCAACUCACUGAGAGGCUGCUGAGCCUCAUGCAGGUUGUGAUCAUCAUAAAGUUGUAAGUUAUUCUGCAACUCUCACAGAAAGGAAUAUUGUAGCAUUAUAAUUUAAUGUUCGUGACAUCCAGCCAUGCAAAAGAAAUGUUACCGAGUGCUUUGCGUGAGGUAAAUUUGAUGAUGGCACAUGUUGAAACUUAUAACAGCUUGAACCAUAUUUGCCGGUGUACGCAAAGAACAAUAUUGUGAUUUACAUGGUAAGGAAUUUUUAUUACUUUAUGUUUAGAGAUGUUUUAAUUAUGGUUGAACCAGGUUGUGGCCAAGCUGAGUGGGCCCAGCUAUAUACAUAAGAUGAGCUUAUCUGAGGUACAUGUUACCAUCAGCACAAAAUAGGCUUGUGUAUAAUUAAAGGAAAUUAUAACUAUUUUCAUAAAGCUUGAUUCCCA